GCUGAAACCAAAGCUACAGCUUCUGGAACUUUCCACAGGGUUCUGGGCUUCCAGACGACUCUCCCCGCUUCGACGUUUCCCAAUUCCUUUUCUGCAUAUCCUGAGGAUUUUGUUUCCAAUUUAGAAUCCUCCAACCAACGAUUUCUACUUAAUAAACCAUCAUCACCAGCCCCAAAAGAACUCACUUUACCUACCACAUUCUUCUUUAUUAUCAUCAAGACAAGAAAAAGAUUUUUUUCAUUCGUUUUCUUACUGGGUUUCUUGCCGAAAGUUGUAUUGCUGGUUCUAGAAAACAAGCAAAAAUUGGUAAGGUGAAUAACAAGAGAAAGAGAGGGGAGGAGGGGAAGAUGGGGCUGGAUUACUACAAAAUAUUGGGAGUUGAUAAAAAAGCCACCGAUGAUGAUAUGAAGAAGGCUUAUCGAAAGCUUGCGAUGAAGUGGCAUCCGGAUAAAAAUCCCAAUAAUAAAAAGGAUGCUGAGGCCAAGUUCAAGCAGAUCUCUGAAGCUUAUGAUGUUCUAAGUGAUCCUCAGAAAAGAGCAGUUUAUGAUCAGUAUGGUGAGGAGGGGUUAAAAGCUGGGGUGCCGCCGCCAGAUACUGCUGGUGGCCCUGGUGGCACUACUUUCUUCUCCACUGGUGGAGGGCCAACUUCAUUUAGGUUUAAUCCUAGGAGUCCAGAUGAUAUUUUUUCUGAGAUCUUUGGGUUUUCUGGCUUUGGAGGAAUGGGGGGUGGCAGUGGCAUGAGGGGUUCAAGGUUUGGUGGUAUGUUUGAUGAUAGCAUGUUUUCUUCAUUUGAAGGAGGCGGUAGUGGGCCUGGUGGAUCAAUGCAUCAACAAGCAAUUAGAAAAGCACCUGCAAUUGAGCAAAACUUGCCUUGUACACUAGAAGAGCUAUAUAAGGGGACUACCAAGAAAAUGAAGAUCUCCAGAGAAGUUCUUGAUACCAACAGUGGCAAGAUAAUGCCUGUAGAAGAGAUUCUUACCAUUAACAUCAAACCUGGCUGGAAGAAAGGAACGAAAAUCACCUUCCCAGACAAAGGAAAUGAGCUGCCAGGUGUAGCACCUGCAGAUCUUGUGUUCAUCAUAGAUGAGAAACCUCACAGGGUGUUUACGCGUGAGGGGAAUGACUUGAUUGUUACCCAAAAGGUCUCUCUCACCGAAGCAUUGACAGGUUAUACAGCCCAUCUUACUACUCUGGAUGGUAGGAAUCUAACAAUUCCCGUCACCAGUGUGAUUCACCCAACUUAUGAAGAAGUAGUUCGAGGUGAAGGCAUGCCGCUUCCAAAAGAUCCAUCAAAGAAGGGAAACUUGAGAAUUAAGUUUGACAUCAAGUUCCCUGCUAGGCUGACUGCGAGUCAGAAGGCUGGUAUAAAGGAACUUUUGGGUUCUUGAGGUUGUAACCUGGGUUUUUUUGCUGUUGUUUGGAGUAGUACUUUGUGUAUAUUUUUCAGAGCCUUCACAUCUUUGGUGAAGAUCGGGGUAGCAAGAACAUUUAUUUUCAUUUAGUGCAUUUGUGUUCUCUAGGAGAAUAAUACUGCUCGGCACAAAGCUUUAAUUUAUACAUCUCUACUGGUUGUUUGAAAGUGUUAACAGGUAAUAUAUGCAAAAGAUGAAAACACAAGGUUUUUGCAGCGUCUGAA